AGGACUAAACCGAGAUCAACAUAUCAAAUCACUGGUCCGAUUAGUUCCGAUCGCUUUAUGUUCCUCAGCCUCUUUGCUCCGCCGUGAUUCUUCCCCAACUAAUCUUGGUGGUUUGAGUUUUAAUCUAUGGCGGAACCACCAAAGCUUAGGGUUUUAAUGGUCUCUGAUUUCUUCUUCCCAAACUUUGGUGGUGUCGAGAAUCACAUCUAUUAUCUCUCUCAAUGCUUGUUAAAGCUCGGUCACAAGGUGGUGGUAAUGACACAUGCUUAUGGGAACCGUUCGGGAGUUCGAUAUAUGACUGGUGGACUCAAAGUAUAUUAUGUACCUUGGAGACCUUUUGUUAUGCAGACUACGUUUCCAACGGUUUAUGGAACACUUCCCAUUGUAAGGACCAUACUUAGACGCGAGAAAAUCACUGUAGUUCAUGGGCAUCAAGCUUUCUCUACGCUUUGUCAUGAAGCUUUAAUGCAUGCCAGGACAAUGGGGUAUAAAGUUGUGUUCACAGAUCAUUCCUUGUAUGGGUUUGCUGAUGUUGGGAGUAUUCACAUGAACAAGGUUUUACAGUUCAGUUUAGCAGAUAUAGACCAGGCGAUUUGUGUUUCACACACGAGCAAGGAGAAUACGGUUCUAAGGUCUGGAUUGUCUCCAGGAAAGGUUUUUAUGAUACCAAAUGCUGUUGAUACUGCUAUGUUCAAGCCCGCUUCUGUUCGACCCAGUACUGAUAUCAUCACAAUAGUUGUCAUAAGUAGAUUGGUUUAUCGGAAAGGUGCAGAUUUGCUUGUUGAAGUUAUUCCAGAAGUAUGCCGUUUAUACCCCAAUGUUCGUUUUAUAGUUGGAGGAGACGGACCAAAACAUGUGCGAUUAGAGGAAAUGAGAGAGAAGCAUUCUCUCCAAGAUAGAGUUGAAAUGCUGGGUGCAGUGCCUCAUUCUCGUGUGCGCUCUGUUUUGGUAACCGGUCAUAUUUUCCUCAACAGUUCUUUAACAGAAGCUUUCUGCAUAGCUAUAUUGGAGGCGGCUAGUUGUGGAUUAUUAACUGUCAGCACUCGUGUUGGAGGAGUCCCAGAGGUCCUACCAGAUGACAUGGUUGUACUUGCUGAACCAGAUCCGGAUGAUAUGGUACGAGCAAUUGAGAAGGCAAUAUCAAUACUCCCGAGUAUUAACCCCGAGGAGAUGCACAAUCGAAUGAAGAAGCUGUACAGUUGGCAAGAUGUUGCUAAAAGAACCGAGAUUGUGUAUGACCGUGCCUUGAAGUGUUCAAACAGGAAUCUUCUAGAACGUUUAUCGCGGUUCCUCUCGUGUGGAGCUUGGGCGGGGAAGUUAUUUUGUAUGGUUAUGAUCCUCGAUUACUUGCUUUGGCGGUUGCUUCAGUUACUUCAGCCUGAUGAAGAUAUUGAGGAGGCUCCCGAUAUCCGUCUUUGCCAUCACCGUGGUGUCGAGGUAGCCAAGGGUCUCAUGGAAGAAGAUAAAGUGAGAAACAGGUGAGUCAAGUUUCACCUCCGGCGAAUUUAGAAGUGAGCCUAGAUUCAUUGGAACUAAGGAAAUCCAUAAAUUAAGCUUUUACAGUGUUCAUAUUUCCAUUACAAGUUCUGUCAUUUGCCAAACUGAAAAAUAACUAUGGGCAAGUAUGAGAGUUCUAGGCAUGGGUAUUCGGGUACUCGGAUCAGGGUCGGGUAGCCGUUCGGGACAAAGAGAGACAAUGAUGUAAACCCUGCUCAAAUUUUGUAAAGGCUCUACUAAAUUUUGUUCUUUUAACUGUUGUUUACUACAUAAAUUCUUAACUA